AAGGAAGUUCUAUCAUACCAUUACUCGUACUCCACCACCCUACCUCACCACCACUGCCGACCCAAAGCUCUUCUCUUGGUACUUGGCGAAGGCUUGAUUCUGCCCUUUUGUCCAAAUAGCUAGUUGUGCUCGUGCAGUAGUGGGUCUUUUAUUCAUUAGCUUUUUUCUUUUUUUUUCCAUCUACUUGUAGGUGUUGGAUGAGAUUGUGGGGAGCCUCUCGCCAAUACAGGUCCAGCGCUGCACAAUUGAGCUGACACCGUCGAUAUUGAGAAAGAAACGGCUGCAGUGGUUCCGUUAGACAAGAGGGAAGAGGAAAGGGAAGGGAAUCAGAACAAUCACAGCCAUGAACAAGACUGCGGGUGGAAACUCGGCUUUUCACAACUUUAAUAAUCAGUUUGCUCAUGUUUCGGACCCGAACGAGCGUCGUCGUCUCGCCCUUGCGGAAAUCGAUAGGGCGCCAUUUGGGUGGUACCAUGUGCGCGCAGUAGUGGUUGCGGGUGUUGGCUUCUUCACUGAUGCCUACGAUAUCUUUGCCAUCAAUAUGGUGACUGGAAUGCUUGGCCUCGUCUAUUGGAAAUCCGGAAAGAUUCCAGAACACUCAGACACAGCCAUCAAGGUUUCUACUUCUGGCGGAACCGUGAUUGGCCAGUUGCUAUUCGGGUGGUUGGCCGAUGUGGUUGGCCGGAAAAAGAUGUACGGACUUGAACUUUUGGUAAUUAUUGUUGCUACCCUUGCUCAGGCCCUCACCUCCGAGUCCUAUUCCAUGCAUCUGGUGGGAUUGCUGGUCUUCUGGAGAGUGAUUAUGGGAAUUGGUAUCGGAGGAGAUUACCCCUUGUCCUCUAUCAUCACUUCCGAGUUCGCAACCACAAAGUGGCGUGGUGCCAUGAUGGGCGCCGUGUUUGCCAUGCAGGGAAUUGGCCAACUUGCCGCUGCGCUGGUAGCCCUGAUCGUCACCGUAGCCUUCAAGUCCCAAACCCACCCCGCAGCCAAACCCAGCCAGUGCGAUGUCGCCUGCCGCACCGCUGUGGACAGAAUGUGGAGGAUCGUCAUCGGAUUCGGCGCCGUUCCUGCAUGCAUAGCCCUCUACUACCGCCUCACAAUCCCCGAAACCCCCAGGUACACUUUCGAUGUCGCCCGGGAUGUUGAGAGGGGUCAGGCAGACGCGAGUGCCUACCUCGCCGGCAAGGCAGCCGGAGAAAUUGAUGAGAUUAGACGCGUCGAGGCGAUGCAGCAGUCGGCCGAUCUCCAAGUGCCCAAGGCUUCAUGGAAGGAUUUUUGGGGCGUUUUCCUGCAGUGGAGAUACGGCCAGAUCCUACUUGGGACUGCUGGAUCAUGGUUUUUACUCGAUGUGGCCUUCUACGGUUUGGGUCUCAACAACUCCAUCAUUCUCGCUGAGAUUGGAUACGCUGCGAAGGACAAUGUAUACGACCGUCUCUACAAUAACGCUGUGGGAAACCUGAUCCUCAUUUGCGCCGGUGCGAUCCCGGGAUACUGGGUUACUGUAUUCACGGUGGACAUUGUCGGCCGCAAGCCAAUCCAAAUGAUGGGCUUCGUCCUGCUAACGGGGUUGUUCAUUGUCAUCGGCUUCGGAUUCCACCACUUGUCCUCAAAUGCCCUGCUGGGACUGUACAUCCUCUGCCAAUUCUUCUUCAACUUUGGUCCCAAUGCUACCACCUUCUUGGUGCCAGGCGAGUGCUUCCCGACAAGAUAUAGAUCCACAUCCCAUGGAAUUUCCGCCGCAAGCGGCAAAGUUGGCGCAAUCAUCGCGCAAGUCCUCAUCGGCCCCCUCAGGACCAGGGGCGCCACGGCAAAGAACGCCUCACCUUGGCUGAAUCACGUGAUGCAGAUUUUCGCUGGGUUCAUGUUUGCCGGGAUCUUCACUACCCUGCUGAUUCCUGAGACUAAACGUAAGACCCUCGAAGCACUCUGCGCAGAGCUGUACGGCGAGGGUAUUGCCCAGGAGGAGAAGGCUACACACACCGGUACCGCCGGCGUAGGAGAAGCUACUUCUGAAGAGGCGGGUAACGAGAAGCGGGUCAUGGUUGCGGAGGGGCAAUAGUGGGGCUUCCAGAUUUACUUUACAUUCAUUGUUAAUCUUCUUAUUUGGGGUUUGUUGCGUUCAUGCUUGGGGUUGAGUUUGAUGGUCUACCGUAGUUUUGAGAUAAUUAUCGGAGGUUGGUGAACGGCGGGCAUGGGAUGACAUCUUCGUUUGACCCAUGGAAUCAAUAAAUACCCCUUUUCUUCCCCCCGGAA